UAAUAGACUCAUUCAGUCUCAUGCUGAAUGAGAUGCAAGAGAACAUAUCUCUUGUGUCAUUUUCUAGUCGACUAAUUUCUCAGAUUUGGUCUGAGAUGCCAAAUGAUUUUCUACCAAACUUUAUCCUUUGCAAUACUACUCAGCGUUUUAUCCGAUCUUAAAAAGUUCCUCUUGCUCAUGUACAAAAGCCAUCAGUUCCACAUGCCAAGCCAAACUUCUAUUGUGGUACUCAAGAUUUAAAUUCUGCACAUCAAAGUUUUGCACGAUUGCAUAGUUGAUUUUUUGGGAUUCCACACAUGAUUUCUGUUGUUAAACUUCUAGGAUCUAGGUCAUUACCGUGGCUUAUCCGAGCACUGCUGGAUCAUAUAUCAAACAAGAUUGCUACACUUGAGCCUAUGAUCACAGGCUUGCAAGAAGCACUGCCGAAAUCAAUUGGACUUCUUCCUUUUGAUGGGGGUGUGACAGGAUGUAUGAGGCUCGUUAAAGAGCAACUCAGCUGGGAACCAAAACCAGAGCUCAAAGCAGAAGUUCUUCACGGAAUAAAGGAGAUUGGGAGUGUAUUAUAUUGGAUGGGGCUCCUUGAUAUUGUUUUGAGAGAGCUGGAUACCACACAUUUCAUGCAAACAACAACUUGGUUGGGCUUGCUUCCUGGUGCAGAUGGGCAAACAUUGUAUUCACAAAAUGGUGGAGACAGCCCUGUUGUCAACCUCUUCAAAUCUGCUACAGCUGUAAUUGUGUCGAACCCUAGGUGCCCAAAUCCAACCUCCUUUUACACAAUUUCAAAACAGGCAGAAGCUGCAGAUCUUUUGUACAAGGCUAACUUAAAUACGGGAAGUGUGUUAGAAUACGCACUUGCAUUUACAAGUGCAACAUUAGAUAAAUAUUGCAGUAAACGGAGUGCUGCUCCAAAGACUGGGUUCAUUGACAUCACAACUUCAAAGGAUUUCUAUCGUAUAUACAGUGGCCUCCAAAUUGGAUAUCUGGAGCAGUCUGUUCAAUUACAGCCCAACAAUCAUGAUAUGCAGGGCGAUGCAGUUGCUUGGGAUGGCUGUACCAUAAUAUACUUGCUUGGGCAAUAGCUGCAUUUCGAGCUAUUUGAUUUUUCAUAUCAAAUCCUAAACAUUGCCGAAGUUGAAGCU